AUGUGCUGGAUGUGCAGGCUUUGUAUGCACACCUUUGAUGUGAACGUCUAUGGGCAGGGCGUAGUGUAUCGCUUGUGUCUUGGCACCGGACCACACAUCUUGUGGAUGGCUGUGGCUGAGCUGGAGAAGGGUUCAGUUGAAAGCAGCAGAGUAUUAUGUUUCCUGUCUUCAUCUCUUUUCCCCUCUUUCUCGUUCGUGAUCGCUUCUCCCGACUCUUCAAUUUGGGCCAGCCCAGCCUCCGUCGCUUGUGUGCGCACACGAUGCCAUUCCCGAUCAUGGGCUCAUCUUCCUGCCGCCAUUCUGGUGCAUAUGCCAUGGCUCUGCUCUCGGGACAUACACCAUCGGCCCCACAUAUCACCAGGCCGCUCGUUCUGUCUGCAAGGCUCAGUUGGGACAUCCAACUUCACUUACUACCUCCCCCCUCCUUAUUAUCUCUCUCUCUCUCUCUCUCUAUCUAUCUAUCUAUCUAUCUCUUUCUCUCUUGCUGUCUGCGUCUGUGUCUGUGUCUCUUUCUCAUUCUAUCAAUCUUGCCUUCUCUGCUCCUUUGUCUGCAUUUCUUUUUCGGCCAUCUGCAGACUUUUCUGGAGUCCUCACAGCACCUACAGGGUGGGCCGUGCGGACAACUUGGCCGGUCUGGUUGAGGGGCUAGAAUCUCGCAGCUGGGCGGAGGAGAGACUCGAGUGA